AUGAUUGGAGAAUCGAAGGAUGCAGCAAUACGAAGAUUUCAACAUUUGGAAAGGCGGUUGACGAAGGACUCCGAACUGAAGAAGCAGUACUGUGAAUUCAUGCAAGAGUAUCUAGAUCUGGAACAUAUGAAGCUCAUCGGUUCAGUGGACGGUUUACGGGAAGAGCAAAAACCAGUUUGCUACCUUCCUCAUCAUCCAGUUUUCAAGGAAUCAAGCUCAACAACAAAGGUGCGAGUCGUGUUCGAUGGUUCAGCAAAAACUUCUACGAAUUUUUCUCUCAAUGAUGCUCUUCUUACUGGACCGGUAAUACAGGAUGAUUUGCUAGAUCUAAUGAUACGCUUCCGCAAACACGCUGUCGCUUUGGUUGCCGACAUAGAAAAGAUGUAUCGGCAAAUACGCGUACAUUCAGAAGAUACACCAUUGCAGAGAAUUGUCUGGCGUUUCAACCCAUCAGAGCCGAUUCAGGUUUAUGAGCUUCUCACUGUCACCUACGGUCUUUCUCCAUCGUCGUUCCUGGCAACACGAGUGCUUAAGCAGUUGGCUUUGAACAGUGCGAGAAACCAAAAAUCAGUAUCUGUUGCAGUAGCGGAAGAUUUUUAUAUGGACGAUUUUCUAUCGGGAGCGGAAUCUGUUGAAGAUGCUAAGCGAUUGCGAUUCGGUGUACAAACACUUAUGGCGGAAGCAGGACUACAGCUUCGAAAAUGGAACUCAAAUAUCUCAGAAGCUUUGGAAAUUGCCCCGGAAGGACCCACCAUUCUACAUAUUGAAAAGGAACCGAAGGUGAAAACACUAGGAGUUGCCUGGGAGACUGGACCAGAUCAGUUUUGCUUCGACGUUCGCGAUAUCAAACAUGGCGAGCAAUGGACAAAGCGAAAGAUAUUUUCGGCGAUAGCUCAGUUAUACGAUCCUCUUGGACUUGUGUCACCUGUUAUAGCUUGGGCUAAGAUUCACAUGCAGCAGCUUUGGUUAUCUUCCGUUGGUUGGGAUGAUCCAGUUACCGUUAUUUUAAACGCUAGAUGGGAAGAGUUCUACGUUCAGUUACCUGAGUUGAGAUCGUUCAAGAUACCAAGAUGUUUGAUUCUAGCCAAACCAACGGAUACUCAGUUUCACUUUUUCUGCGAUGCCUCGGAACUGGCAUACGGAGCUUGUAUUUAUGCGCGUUCGACCAACAAGGAUGGCGAAAUCAAGGUUACGCUCAUAUCAUCAAAAUCUCGUGUAGCUCCACUCAAACGGCUUUCUCUACCUCGCUUGGAGUUGUGUGCUGCUCUUUUGGGGGCCAAACUAUACGCCCGGGUCUCAGCAGCAUUACGGAUGGAAGGAACUUUUUGCUGGUUUUGGUCAGAUUCCACCGUCACUCUACACUGGAUACAAGCAGCAGCCAACACUUGGCAGACUUUCGUCGGAAAUCGCACUUCUGAAAUACAAAAUCUUACUCGAGGACAUAACUGGAACCACGUCAAAGAAGUCGAAAACCCGGCCGACUAUGUAUCUCGUGGAAUGCUACCAAGGAACUUCAUCGCAAAUAUGAUUUGGCUCGAAGGCCCAGGUUGGCUCCAAAAAUCGCAGGAAAAUUGGCCUGAACACCAUAAUCCAGAACCUCCGCCAGAAGAUAUUCUAGAGAGAAGAAAAACCGUACUAGUAGUUCAACAAAACUCGACCGUAGACUGUCUAUAUGAGAGAUAUUCGUCAUUUCUAAAGCUAGUACGUGUUACAGCUGUGGUGAUUUCGGAUUAA